GGCGAGCUGCGGCUCCUGCUCGCCCCGUCCCGGGCCCGGACGAGACAGACCCCCGCCGCCCGCAUCUGCUCCCUUCCUCCGCCAUGGCCGUCCCCGUCUGCAGUCGCCUGGCAAUGUCCGUCCCGGCAAGCAAGCCCUGUGGUCGCGUUUCUGGGUCACUCGCCUUCUCCCCCGUCUUCGCGGAUGUUGUGUGGCCCACCCCCGGCAACCCCAGCUCUCCAACGCUGUGAAAGGCGGGGGCUGCCUGAUGCCUGUCAUCCCAAUCCCGCGGCGGGUCCGUUCUUUCCACGGCCCCCACACGACCUGCCUGCACUCAGCCUGCGGGCCAGUAAGGACCACACACUUGGUGCGCACCAAGUACAACAACUUUGACAUCUACCUGAAGUCCCGUUGGAUGUAUGGCUUCAUUCGUUUCUUGCUGUAUUUCAGUUGCAGCCUGUUUACCUCCAUCCUGUGGGUGGCGCUGUCCCUCUUGUUUUGCCUCCAAUACCUCAGCAUCCGGGUCUUUCUGCGUUUCCAGUACAAACUCUCUAUUAUCCUGCUCUUGCUGGGACGAAGGCGGGUGGAUUUCAGCCUCGUGAACGAACUGCUCAUCUAUGGCAUUCACGUCACCAUGCUGCUGGUGGGGGGGCUGGGUUGGUGCUUCAUGGUCUUUGUCGAUAUGUAAAUAAAGCAGGUGCAUGCUGGGGAGGAGGCAUGUGCAACUCAAACUGUG